AUGAAACGCAGGAAACCAGCUCUGAUCUCAACAGCUGAACCACUGUCAGAUGACGAAUUCAUCGCCGAAUCGAAAGCAUCAGCAAAAGCUUAUGCAGAGGUACAGAAGAUCCAAGCUGAGCGCGAUAGGAUCAAGGAGGACAAUAAGGAGAGGAAGAAAAGGGGGGAACAAGCAUUAGCUCUACCCAAAUUACCUGGAACGAAACGGAAAUCCGAAGGUGUCGUUAAAAAGGAUGGAUACGAGAGUAGUUCAAGUGAAGAUGAGGACGAAGAAAGUUGGCUGGAGUAUGGGGAGGGAAAGAGGGUGAAGAAGAGGAAAAGGGAUGAAGAUCUGAAAUAUGAAGGUCAGGUCAUUCUGCCUUUCAAUCCCCUCUAUCAUCUCUCAGGUCUGCCGGAUCCAGAAGGUAAAGCGUCAGAAGCUCAAGCAGCCAAGCAGAAGAUCAUCGACAGGUUAUCCGGGAGAAAGUCAACUUCUAGUCCUGUCAGGAGUUCGCCAAUACCAGCAAGCAGUAGUAGCCCCAUGAAGCCAUCCCUCAGUACAGGGAUAUCUAGCCAGGAUACUGACGAUAACGAGGAUGAAGGGUUACUUGAAGAAGAAGCUCCGGAAGGAGACUAUGAUGAUGAAGAGAAUGAGGUGAUUGUGCCAUGGGGACAUAUGGUCGAGGUAGUAGAAGGUAAUGGAGCUGAGAUAGAGGAAGAAGGUGUAUAUUCUGAGGAUGAAGAGCUGUUUGCUAAAACGCAUGCCCAGCCUAAAGCACAUAAAUCGACAUCGCGAGAUCGACUUGAAUUGGAUGAUCUACCUCCUUACAGACCGACUUUUCCUUUCACCGACGAGCAAGCCAAAAUAGGUUCAUAUCCCUUAGAUGACGAAGCAACAGAUAUAGCCGUUCCUCAAACGAUCAAUCGGUUCUUAAAGGCAUAUCAGCGGGUCGGAGCUAAAUUCCUCUAUGAACAUUACAAGCAAGGAAUGGGAGGAGUAUUAGGAGAUGACAUGGGUCUUGGGAAGACCAUUCAAGUCAUAUCCUUUGGAGCUAGAUACUUGGGGCUACUUCGAAUAUGCUAUUUGGAGAUCCGACAACUGGUCAGAUUCUUGACUUCCUACGAUACUGCACGAAAUACCAUCGAACACCUCAAGAGUAUGCCUUUAUCCGUGGUGAUCGUCGACGAGGCUCAUCGGAUGAAGGAACCUCGAGCACAAGCUACUUUAGCCCUGAAGUCUAUCGACUGCAAGAUCUGUUUUGCUUUAACGGGUACGUUGGUGCAGAAUAGGAUGGACGAGAUGUGGAGUGUGCUAGACUUUACUCACCGCGGGUGGGCUGGUACUCUCAAAGAAUGGAAAGAGUUCGCUGUCAAUCCUAUCAAACGAGGGCAUAGACACGAAGGUACUGCUGCAGAAGUAAUCACAGCAAUUAUGAGACUUGGUGUUAUGACACAGAAGAUUUUGCCUCAUUUCUACUUGAGACGAGAUAAGCGUUUGAUCGCUCAUGAACUUCCGGAAAAGCGGGAUAUGGUGGUCUUUUGCCCUUUGGCAGAGAUGCAGAUCUUCGCAUAUCGCAACCUCAUAGCAUCUGAGGACAUUCAAUUCUUGCUACGGCGCAACGAUCCAUGUGAGAAAGUCAAUGAAGUGCUAUUGAAAAAUCUAGCUGCGUGCAAGAAAGCUGCCAAUCAUUUCGGCCUGCUUUACCACGCGAAAGAUGACUCGCCCCAUACUCGGGCCAUUAACCGACACUUCUUCAAGAUAUGUACCGGACAGGAUUACGAUUCCAAACGACAUAAUGUCGUGCAGGCUGCACUGGAUCCUGGAAACUGUGGAAAGUGGACACUUCUCGAACAAAUGCUGCUUCAAUGGCGGAACGAUCCUGAUGACAACAAAGUCUUGAUAUUCUCAAACUCGGUACGAUUGCUCAAGAUGAUCUCCGAAUUCAUCUCCACUUCAUCUACAUUGGCUGGAUUUGCAUUUGACAUGCUCACUGGUGAAGUGGGAAAUACCGAAAGAAUGGACAUGGUGGAUCGAUUUCAAGAUCGAAGUCAAGAUCAUUUUGUACUGCUCAUCAGUACCUUAGCAGGAGGUGUGGGAUUGAAUUUGACAGCUGUGAAUCCCGCCAAUGACCUUCAAGCGAUGGACAGAGCAUUUCGAAUAGGUCAGAAGCGUACUGUUGAUGUAUAUCGUCUCAUCGGACAAGGUACCGUCGAAGAGCUCAUGUAUGAAAGACAGAUCCACAAACAGCAAAGAUCCCGACAGUUGAAUGACGGUACUUUCGAAAGCCGUAUUCAUCAAGGUUUUGAUGGGGCCCGAACAGAGAAAGACCAAGGUGAACUCUUCGGUAUACAGAAUAUCUUCCGCUUCGACCCGAGGGGUUUCGUAUCUCGCAAUAUAGAACGAGUUAGACAAGCAGAAGAUCGGUUUGUACAGGAUCUUAUUGAAGCUGAAUACAUUGACUCCGAGGGGGAAGAUGAAGAUGAUUCGGAAGACGAAGCUGGCAAAGCUAUGAAGAACGAGCGGAAAGCACGAGAUCUGCAUAGAGCCCACUUGAGAGCUGCUAGUCAGAGAGGUGGCGAACAUGACGCUGUAUCGCGGAGGCGAGAGGAAGAUGUCGUCAAUGAUAUAUUGGGUCAUGGUAGUAUUAGUGCAAAGAAGGAUAAUGACGAUAUCCUACAAAAGUUGGGUGUCAACACUCGGAUACAUGAACAAGCGUUCCGAGAUUCGCCUGAGGAAAGAGCGAUCUACGACAUUGGGGUACAGGUUCUCCGUGAUAAUCCGGAUCUAGCGAGGAAGAUCAAGGCGAAUGAUCUAGGCAAGUUAGGUCGUUCAGUCGUAAGACGCAAGAAGGUUAUCGAUGCGGAUAAUGCUCAUGAUGCCGAGCCAUGGAAAAAGAGAAUACAAGAAAGAACGGAGAAAGCUAAUUCAGAAACCUCGAAAGAAGCCCAGAGGGUUUUGGCUGAAUUGAGCGAUUGA